UGACAUCAUUCCAUUUUCACACCUGACACACUUUAUCUACAGAUGUUUUUUAAAUUGCCUUUUUUUGGGGGUGUCUCCUUUGUUUUUUUCAGUUUUUAAUUGCUGUUUAUUUCAGACAUCAUUUCUUAAAGCUAGAAAAUUAGAUACAACUGUAAGUACCUAGAUAUUUUAAGGAACAAAAUUCUGAUACUGUUUUCCUUUGGGGGAAUUUGUGAACUAUUUAGUUACCACCAUCCCAUGAAAUGUAAUUUGGGAAAUACUAUGAAACACUAUAGAAAAAUCAGAAGCUGAAAUCUUUCUGACUGGAAUAAUAUUUUAAGUUACAUUUUAUUGAGUUUAUGAGAAUAAGAAAAAAUACAAUGCAGCAUUCUUCUGUUACUGUUCUGAGUGUUUGGAUUCACGGCCCUGUUUGGAAUUGAGCACAUGGAGUGUGCUAGUUGUCAGGUCAGGCUCUGUUGUCAUUAGGAUUUAGGUUUGAGUGGCAGGAACAUGUGACCACUGUGCAAGGGGUUAUUUUUGGUCUCUGGGUGUUGGCUUCUCCUCAGAAACCAUAGCAAGUUAGUGUCAGGUACGUCUGUGGAGGCUUGGGAUUGGCACCCGUGUUGUGUGCUUGUGAGCUCUCAAACAUGGGCUGUUGCUUCAGCAAAGGACUAAGUAGUGACAAUGACAGUGAAAAAAUUGGCCUGUUACAAAAAUCUGUGGAGGAGAAGGAACCAGAAAACAAGAUAAGUAAAACUUUAUCUUCAUUCUUCGGUACCUCUGAAGGUGAGCCGCUUCACGGUGUUGGCGUUGGUGCCAACAGUGCAGCUGCUGGCCUUAGUGCGUGGACAAGUAUUUUUGCUGAGUCUGAGCACAAACAGGGUCGUAGACCUAUGCGGUUGUUGAACCCCAUUUCCUCUCUUGCAUAUACAUUCUUAACAAGGUAUGAAAACUUGGAUGUAAGUCACAAGAAUUCAGAUACUGUCGUUAAUGAGCAGAAUUCUGAGGGAUCCUGUGAUCCACUGUGUGUGGGUAGUGGCAGCCGAGGCUGUUAUGAAGAGGAACUUUUCUCAUGUGUGCCAGUGUCUUCUGACCGAGGACUGCAGGAGGAAACCUUUGUGAGUGGCCAUCUGCACUGUUACCCAGCUAUUUGUAAAAACUCUUUAGUAGAGAAGGAAAUGGUCAGCAUUCACCCCAGUAGCAGUGAUGAGAAUAAGUCUUUAGACAUACCCAAUAAGGAGAAGAAAGAUGGAAACCCUGUUUGUGUUGGUCAUCAGCAAUGUCAGGGUUUAAGAAAGUGUGAGUUUCACAGCAUUUGUGUUGCAGACUCUGCCUUCCCGAGUGUAGGAGAGGAGCUGGGCGCCUGGGCAGGCAGAGUAACUGCAAGAGGAGAGUGUCGCUCUGCUGUGCCUUCAGCCCUGCGUUCCGUGUUAGGGGCUGGCGAGCCAGAGCCACCGCAGGAAGAGCUCUUGUCCCAGGACGCACUGGGUCCAGGUGAAAGGACAGGAAAAUGCAGUGGGAAAACCCAGCCUUGCCCUGAACUUGUGGCAUUCAGCCAUGCACCUUGUGAAGCAAAUGCUGAUAACACACAGGUCGAGUCUUUACAGGCAGAAGCUUGCACUGAAUUCCCUAAAAAUUACACAGAAAGUAGUGCACUACAUAAUGUUGACCUACUCCCUGAAGUAAAUAAUAACAUGGACAGUGACUCACUGAGAUGUGCGUGUGUCCUUCUGGAAGAAACUGAGAGCCGUAACUCAGGAGUAGGAAGUGAGAUGGAUCAUUCACCUGUUAGCUUCCUUACCGACACUGCGUGUGUUGCAGGGAGUAAUGACCAGGAGGCUGGUGUCAACCAGAAUUUACAUUCUAAAAAGGAGGGAGAAAAUAACUCUAUCAAACUACUAAGAGACAAUGAUUGUUUCUACCUGGAUGUUAGCAAAUCAGAUAGCAUCCUUCCCCUUGAUCUAGAUAGCAUUGAUUUAAGUCCCAAGAGGCCUGUCACUGCAGUGAGAUUUGGAAGUGGGUGUCUCUCAGGUCACACUAAUUCAAGAGAAGCACCCCCAAGCCAGCUUGAUGACUGCUGGGAGCUGCAAUCUGUCCCUGGGCCAGUGAGGAAGGUGCAGCGCAGAGGAGACUGUGGCCUGGAGGCCAGAAGUCCCUUGCUGGCAGACAGAAGAGAGCUGUCUCUGCAAUCUGAAAAUAGUGUCUUUUACCAAGAAGGGGACAGAAUUGGCGUUUUGGGGGCUAAGGGUCAUGGUAUAAGGGCUUUUGAGUUGAAAUCUUGGUGUCAAGCAGAUGAGGCUUCGACACAGUCUUGUGACCUAACUUGUGUGGAGCAUGUGGUGGACAUGGAGGGGACAGUGCAGAGGACAGACAACUCGAAGCUUAGCGUGACACAAGGAGUGCCCCCCAAUGGCAAGUCUCACUGUCACUCGAGGUCUCUUCAGAGUAACUGUGUUUCCUCCGCAUUGAUUUUCACCUGCACAGAGGAAGAAGAGAGGGAAAUAAGCCCAAGUGACAAAACAGAGGGUGAAAUAUGUGUGAAGAGUUUAGUCAGUGUGUCAGGAGACCAGCUGAGUGACCCCCAAAUGUUAGAAAGUGAUGAAAAAGAAUCACAGAAAGCAGAGUAUAGAGAGACCAGUGAAGAUGACACAGAGACUGUCAAGUCAGAUUCUCAAACAACCUGUGAGUGGGAAACAGGUGCACAAAGAUGUGAGGCAGUGCCAAAUCAAGAUGUACUCUCCUGCAUUAGUUUUAGUACAACAGAGAACCCUGAUUUUGAGACUGAUCAAAUAGAAAAAAAUUAUGAAACACACCGAGCAUAUGCCGGCAAAUACAAUGGUCUUAAUGUGUUACCACCUUUAAGUCAAAGUUUUAAUCCAGUUAUACAGAAGUCAGAAAUUACAGUAGAGAAAUCUGUUAGUAGUGGUGAAAGCCGAAAAUGGAAGGGAAUUUAUUCUGAAUCAAUUGAAGAAGCUUCUGUUGUCUUUGGUACUAAUAAAUCAGGGUUGAGUAAACCAAAACUAACAUGUAAAGAAGAGGAAGAGAGACUUUAUUUGGAGAAAGAAAGUAUUGACCCCAAAAUUAUGGACUGCCUGGGUCCAUGCGGGACAAAUGAAUGUGCAUACCGUUUCGAAGAAGGAAAUGCCAAGUCCACUCUUAAACAAUCUACUUUAAAUGGUGAAAUGGGUUUUAUGGGAAAAGCUAAGGUGAUUUUUGAAAAAAUAGAGUCACGUGACACUUCCGAUGGGCAAUUCUUUUUGGUUGGUGUUGAUCCCACCCUAGUGGACAGAUACACAGCUCUCCCCUGUGAUGCAGCCCAGGGGAUUCCUGCUGUCCCCAUGGACAGCAAGGAUGCUAUCGUAUCAAGUAGUGACCACAUUUUAUCACUCACAAAAGGUGUCCUAAAUAGAUCAGAACAUCCCUCAAAAAUGGAUUGGCAGAGUUUCCCAGAAGGAGUCUCCCGUUUUUUGGGUGAAUUUUCCUGUUACCCAAUGGGAGGGCUAGCAAAUCCAGUAUUUUCUGAAAGACUGGCCCAUGGUUGUGGUGGAUAUCAAGUGGGCUAUCUCUGGACUGAUACAGUCACAAAAGAUGUACUAGAAGUUGAAAAAAUAUUUAGUGAGGAUCUAUACCAUCAGCCACAGGACUUGGAAAUUGCUUCGUUUUCAGAAAACACUCCUCAGCUACCGGUGUCAGAGGACGGUGUUAUUUGGGGAUGGCAUGAUAGAGAUGGACAGUUCGUACCAGCAACUAAGGUUUCAGAGCUGAACCCUAAUGCAGAAGUGUGGGGGGCUCCUGUGUUACAUCUGGAAGCAAGCAGUGCAAAUGUGAGUGCCGCGUGGGAGGAGGCGCGUGGCCACCACUCAGACUGUGGCCAGCAGGGAUCGGAUGCCAGUGGUGAUGGUGACCAGAGCCAUGAGAAUGCAGCAUUGCCAGACCCACAGGAGUCGGACCCAGCAGACAUGAACGCUCUCACUCUGGGUCCUGCGGAAUAUGACUCUCUUCCUGAAAGUAGCGAAACAGGAGGAAAUGAGUCUCAACCAGAAAGCCAGGAAGACCCCCGAGAAGUACUUAAAAAAACAUUGGAAUUCUGCUUAUCUAGGGAGAACCUUGCUAGUGACAUGUAUCUUAUAUCACAGAUGGAUAGUGACCAGUAUGUGCCAAUCACAACGGUGGCUAACCUUGACCACAUCAAGAAGCUCAGCACUGAUGUUGACUUGAUUGUGGAAGUGCUAAGAUCUUUACCUUUAGUCCAAGUGGAUGAAAAGGGAGAAAAAGUAAGGCCAAAUCAAAAUCGCUGCAUAGUAAUAUUGCGUGAAAUCUCUGAAUCUACCCCUGUGGAAGAAGUAGAAGCACUAUUUAAAGGAGAUAAUUUACCGAAAUUUAUAAACUGUGAAUUUGCCUAUAAUGAUAAUUGGUUUAUUACAUUUGAAACAGAAGCUGAUGCACAACAGGCUUAUAAAUACCUUCGAGAAGAAGUCAAAACUUUUCAAGGAAAACCAAUUAAGGCGCGGAUUAAAGCAAAGGCGAUAGCUAUAAACACAUUUUUGCCAAAGAAUGGAUUUAGACCCCUGGACGUGAGCCUGUACGCCCAGCAGCGCUAUGCGACAUCGUUCUACUUCCCUCCCAUGUACAGCCCCCAGCAGCAGUUCCCUCUGUACAGCCUGAUCACGCCCCAGACGUGGUCAGCAACGCACAGCUAUCUCGACCCACCCUUGGUAACUCCAUUUCCAAAUACCGGAUUUAUAAAUGGGUUUACGUCUCCAACGUUCAAGCCUGCAGCGUCUCCUCUGACUUCCCUCAGACAGUAUCCUCCUCGAAGCAGGAAUCCUAGUAAAUCUCAUUUGCGCCAUGCGAUUCCUAGUGCAGAGAGAGGACCUGGGUUAUUAGAAAGUCCUUCAAUAUUUAACUUCACUGCAGAUCGAUUAAUUAAUGGUGUCCGGAGUCCACAAACAAGGCAAGCAGGUCAAACUAGAACACGGAUACAAAACCCUUCAGCAUAUGCCAAGAGAGAGGCUGCACCUGGGCGUGUGGAGCCAAGCAGUCUUGAAUCCUCUCCUGGUUUAGGGAGGGGAAGGAAGAAUUCCUUUGGCUACCGGAAGAAAAGGGAGGAGAAGUUUACAAGCAGCCAGACACAGUCUCCAACGCCACCAAAGCCUCCAUCGCCAAGCUUCGAGCUGGGGCUAUCCAACUUCCCUCCGUUACCUGGAGCUGCGGGCAAUUUGAAGACAGAGGACUUGUUUGAAAACAGGCUAUCUGGCUUGAUAAUAGGAUCAUCCAAAGAAAGGACCCUCAGUGCAGAUUCGAGCAUGAAUACUCUUCCUGUAGUGGUCUCCAGAGAGCCCUCGGUGCCUGCGUCUUGUGCUGUAUCAGCAACAUACGAGAGAUCCCCCUCCCCAGCUCAUUUACCCGAUGAUCCCAAGGUGGCGGAGAAACAGAGGGAAGCCCACAGUGUGGACAGACUUCCUCCCGCCCUCACUGCGACAGCAUGUAAAUCGGUGCAGGUGAACGGAGCCGCCACGGUACGUACCUCGUGCCUGCCUUCCUGCACGACAGCCGCGAGGCUCUGGUGUGAACAGACGCUGCGCACUCCUGCACCUGCUCGUUUUUUAAUCACAUCUAAUUUGGAAUUGCGAAAGCCCAGCUACGCAGAGAUUUGUCAGAGAACGAGUAAAGAGCCUCCUUCUUCCCCAUUGCAACCCCAAAAAGAACAAAAGCCAAACACUGCUAGUUGUGGGAAGGAGGAAAAGAAGCUGGCAGACCCUGUGGAGAGAUACCGGGAGCCCCCAGCCCUCAAGUCCACACCUGGAGCCCCCAGAGACCAGAGGCGGCCGGCAGGGGGCCGACCCUCGCCCUCAGCCAUGGGGAAGCGUCUCAGCCGAGAGCAGAGCACUCCCCCCAAGUCUCCUCAGUGAAAACCGUACGUCUGGGAGGGGUCGCAGAGCGCUGUGUUAACCACAAAUGAGACACUCUUCCCACUCAGUGCGAGGGCGAGCCGCUGGUUAGGAGCUUGCAGUGUCUGAGGCCCGUGGGAUCCUCAAGUUGGUUUUCUUCUGUGAGUUGGAUUCUCCCCUCUUGAAAAAAAAUCAAUUUUUCAGGAUUUAAUUAAUACAAACCUUAUUUUAGGUUGGUGCUUAACUGGAGGUGAUGUAUAAGUCUGAUUUUUUUUUUCCAAGAUAGAAAAUGCAUUUAUCCUAACAAAUUGGUAUUUUUUAUUAAGCCUCCAUGUGGCUCUGAACUUCGGCAAGCUAUAUAUAGUGAGUUUUUCUAAAUUAAGGGAACUAUAC